CCGAAGAUUUCUUCGGCGAGCGCUUCGAUAUCGGGAGAGAAAAAAAGCUCUUUCAUAGUCAGCCGCCAGCGCACAAAGGAGUAUUUUUUAGAUCUAGCUAGCGAAAAGUGAUUUCCGAAAAUCGCGCGUAGAUAAAAAGAUACGGUUCUCAAGCAAUGCCAGAGAGACCCCCCGCUCCGAACCCAGUGUUUAUGGUGCCUCACUCCACCCUAAAAUCGAAUGCAUCAAUCGGUUUUCGGACGUUAAACAGCCUUAAUUGUUUCGAACUGUUUUCUGUGUGAAAAACGUGACUUUUAGAAGUGUUGUAUAUUUUUGGUGUAUUCUCAAGACUAAAAUCUCAUGGAUUCUGAAAUGGCAGGACCAUCUGGCAUUAGGGCAAUGACUCGUAGAGAAAUAUUUGACUUGAUGAGUGCACAAAAUCGCCUCGAUAUUAACGAGAAGUUAGAAUUUGUCGAAAAUCAUUUUGCAACAUUGGAGCCUUAUAGCGACGAACAAAUUAAGGAAAUAAAGCAUAAAUUUUCAUAUGUAAAGUCCGAAAUAAAGCGUCACUGGAUUGCAGCAAAACAACGACUACACCUAUUCGGGAAAAAUAAUCAGACAUGGCUAAGGGGAGUGUUUGAGCUGCCAAAGUUACAGACAAAGCCAGGACGACCGAAAAAGUUAUUUGAAGAGGCUAGCGAACGAACGAAAAGACGCAAGACUGAAGAACUUCGAUUGUCUGAUAGUCCUAGUAAAAUUAUUUAUGCAUUUAUCUUAGUACCUACCAAAAUUAUAUUCUGUAAAGUAUUAAGUUCUAAUCCAGACCAAAAGCAGGGGCUGUGGCAUAUCUUCUCUGCGCCGCCUGUAUUCCCGCGCCGAUUUCUACGAUUGUUCGAAGACGGAGCGGACGGUGCGGCGUUCGUAGGGAAAUUUGACGUACGGAUUACAGAUAAACUGAUCGAUAUCAGUAACCAAUCGUAA